CCACCCACAGGCCAGCCAGCUCAGAUAACGGGGUAGGAAAUUAAAACUAGUAACGUCACGUAUGGACUUACUCUUUAGUCUGUAGAUGGACAACGCAUGAGGGGAUAUAUGAAGUUGUAGUUGUUCUACCUGAGUUCAGCAAGAGAUGGCACUGAGCAGCAAGACUGAGCUGAGUGCAGAUGACUUCUUGGACGGACGGGUAUCCAUUGGCUCUGGGGGAUUUGGUCACGUCUACAAGGCCAGGCACAAGAACUGGGGUUUUGAUGUGGCCAUUAAGCUACUUCAUGAUGAUGUGAGCACCAAGAAAGUACUGUAUGAAGAGGCUUCUCUUAUGAAUGAGGCCUCCUCUGAGUUUGUGGUGAGGGUUUAUGGAUUUUAUAAGGAAGAAAAGCCCAUGCAAAAGGGAAUAGUCAUGGAAUUCAUGACAAGAGGCUCCAUUCAGUCCCUGCAGGAGGACCUGUCUGGCCCUCCACCGUGGCCUCUGGCCUUGCGCUUGGCCCAUCAGGUGGCUCUAGCCAUAAACUUUCUCCAUUUAAAGGGCCUUAUGCACCAGGACCUAAAGCCAAGUAAUGUACUGCUGACUGACGACCUCAAUGCCAAGCUGGCAGACUUUGGUCUGUCCAGGGUUUCUACCAGUGCAUUGAACAGAAAGGAAGGAAUGACAGGAGAAAUCGGAGGCUCUUACAAGUACAUGCCUCCCGAGGCUUUCGAAUUAUCAUACGCACCUGUUCGUUCUUUUGACAUAUACAGCUAUGGUAUCCUUCUCUGGUCUAUUGUUACUGGUAAAGAGCCCUAUCCAAUGGCGGAUUUCAGUCUUGUGGCACUGCGGAUCCCCAUAGGAGACAGACCUCUCUUGACGAAAAUUGACCGGAUUGACCAGAAGGCAGAUGGGUUAAAAGAGCUGGUUGACCUCAUGAAGAGUUGCUGGCAUGGGGAUCCCACUCAGAGGCCUAACGCAGAGAAGUGCUGGAAAGUCACUGAGGAUGUGUUCUCAAGGCAUGGAAAGAAGGGAAUUAGUGAUGCGGUCCAUAAAGUCAAGACAACACUGGAUUCACCAACUAAUAAUCAACAUUCAAACACAUCUGUUGCCUUCAGCUCUCCUCCUCAGCCACCAGAACAGUCAGAGUCAAAUGAUGAGGUAGAUCAUGCCAGAUUUACAAAUACUGGAAGGUCUUUUAAACAGGAUUCUGUCUCUGUUUCUACUGGGGAAAUGAAUAAUACGGAUAAAGAAAAGUUCGUAGACAAGAAAAGGGCAGUGUUAAUCCAAAACGUUUCUGAGGUAUUGGCAAUAGCAGAGGAGCUUGGAGACAUGGUCCAUGGUGAAACCUACUCACUGAUUAUAGCUAAGGAGACGAACCAGGACAGAAUGAGAGUGCUGUACCUAAGGACACUUCGGUCAGGAGGGGAAGAGGUCAAAGCAGCCUUCUACGACGCCCUCAAAAAACAUCAUCCCAAACUAGUGGAGAGGCUAGAAGGUGUCUAACUCCAAAGUGACUUUCCCUGCUUCUCAUCAGCCCAUGAUGACCAAUCCUACACUUGAGUCUUUUAUUGACAUGAAUAUAUUUUACUCAUAUGUAUAUAAUGUGUUGACAUUUUAAUAUACUAUAUAA